CGGCGCGCUUCGCCACUCGGGCACCGCAGGGAGGGCAGAGGCCGGAGCGCCCGCCGCCGCCGCCCGCCGCCCGCGUAAGAUGGUCACCUCGGCCGGACGGCUCGCCCUGCUCGCGCUGGGUAUCCUGUUGGCUGUGUGCCAGGCCCUAGAAAACAGCACAUCCCCCCUGAGCGCAGAACCACCCGUGGCCGCAGCAGUGGUAUCACAUUUUAACGACUGUCCAGAUUCCCACACUCAGUUUUGCUUCCAUGGAACCUGCAGGUUUUUGGUGCAGGAGGACAAGCCAGCAUGUGUCUGCCAUUCUGGGUACGUCGGUGCCCGCUGUGAGCACGCAGACCUCCUGGCCGUGGUGGCCGCCAGUCAGAAGAAGCAGGCCAUCACUGCCCUGGUGGUGGUCUCCAUCGUGGCCCUGGCUGUCCUCAUCAUUACAUGUGUGCUGAUACACUGCUGCCAGGUCCGAAAACACUGUGAGUGGUGCCGCGCUCUCGUCUGCAGGCAUGAGAAGCCCAGCGCCCUCCUGAAGGGAAGAACCUCCUGCUGCCACUCAGAAACAGUGGUCUGAAGAGCCAGAGGAAGAACUGGGCCAGGUAGACUGUGGCAACCAAUGAAGAAAGGCCUUUUGUAGGACAACGGCACCAGGGUUGCCCAGGAUGGGCCAGCAGAACUCUCCUCAGUUGCCUAUCCUCACUUUGCAGCAUUUUGUGUUGUGUGGGCCUUCAGAAAUUGGUCAGAACUCUGUCAGCUUGGGGUUAUCUGCUCUGCCCUCAAGAAGCCAUCAGUGGACCACAAUUUAAAGACUGGUAGAACAAGAAUUGCAAAGGGGUGGCCUUCCUGUUUACCUACGUCAGGUGUGUGUCAGGCGUGUGUCAGGCGUUGUCUGAGUCCAGGUAUGUGCAGUUGUCUCCUGCCAGCCCUGGAUCCAGGCCAUCUUUCUUCUUGAUAGGCCACCUCCCCAAGAAAGAAUCCUUCCUAAUACCAGAGAUUCUGUAGUUGUUGCUGUUUUGUCUCAUCUGUGUGUAUCAUGUCAGAAGCAGAGAAGGAAAAGUGGCUUAUUGUUACAUGAAGUCAUUUAGUUUAAGGGGAUCCCUGGCCUCUGACCACCAGACUCUCAACCAAUGUGACAUCUUCUAUGGACCCAUGAUGUUGAAGACCUUCCUAAGUUGUUACCACCUCAAAGGCAAUUUCUUAUUUAUUAGAUGGAUAAUGAUUUUAUUUUUAAUCUUUUAAGUCAGUGUAAGAAGCACACACCCCUUCAGACUUAAACACUAAUGAUGUAUGUGUUGCUGGCUAAAAACCUAGACUGACCAGAAAUGACUAGCCUCUGCGAGACAACUAAAACGGGAGGCUGUGGAACUGGAUCCAGAGGGGGGUUCUGGUAGCAGCGAGGAUCAGGGCCCAGAGGUCAUACCAUCAAAAACACAAAGCAGGUACAUGCCUGGAUACAUUCUGCUGGAAAAUUCAGCAGCUCCAGCAGGAGGGAUCUAGCCCCUCUGCUGAGGAGAGAGGACAGGAGGGUUCACUUGUGCGACACAGGUAAAACACAAGGCAUACGCUACUGCUUGGUAACGAGAUGGAUUGACCUCUUUGUGAGCCCAGCUUGGGCAUUAGCAGCCAGCCGUGGGCAUUUCAGGCCAAAUCCAUGAAAGGGGACCAAUCCUUCAUUUUGCAUUUUGUUGCUUGGUUGGUUUGUUGCUUUAUUUUUAAAGGAGAAAUUUAAGUUUCCUAUUUAUUUUUAAGCAUUAAAAGAAAUCUUCCAGUGGAUUUCUUCUUCCCUUUCCAUUCAGAAUGCCGGUUUUGUGGACAAAAACACUAACAAGCCUCUCGCUUUCCCCUCCAGAGGAGCAGAAGUUGUUCUCCUUA